AUGUCAAAUGUGUCAAAUGAUAAAUUGCUAUCUACAACUACUGAUGAAAUUGAAACAACAAAUGAAUUAACUGGUGCGUUUAAAUGGCCAAAUGAAGCCAUUCUUUUACUGAUUGAAGAGUAUCAGAAAAGAUCAGAUGAUUUUUGUUCUGGGAAAGUUUCCCAGAAAAAAACUUGGCAGGCAAUAUCUGAUUCACUAUCAAAAAAAGAAUAUUUUGUCUCUGGACCCCAGUGUCUUAGCAAAUUUUCAGACUUAAAAAGAACCUACAAAUCGAUCAAAGAUCAUAUUAAUAAAUCAGGAAAUGGUCCUAGAAUAUGGGUGUAUUUUAAUAUUAUGGACUCUGUUAAUGGAACAAAACCAUACAUAAAACCAAUUGCUACUGCUUCUUCCACAGGUGUUAGGAAUUAUUCAUCAAAUGAUGAAUCAGUUUAA